ACAUUUGCUCGCAGUUGUUAGAGAAAAAGGGACAUGUUAGAGGCUGACAGGGCCGUACAACAGCACGUCUAGACAGGGUAACGGACACCCUUUCGGAGAUGGGCCACAUCGCCCUCAGAGGACGCAGACGCAUGUGAAGAGUGUAGCCACAGCCUGGGCUCGGUGUGGUGUCCGUGGACGCUCAUAUGCGGGAGUUAUUUAAUGUUUGAAAUGUGGGAGAUGGUGGCGUUACCGAGAGCGAGCUCUCCCUUCCUGUCGUCUAGGACAAGAUGGCAGCAAUGCAGGCGAACUGUGCAUGGUAUGGAUUUAUAAGUCCGUAACAUGUUCAGAGAAGCCCUGGAUCUCACUUAUAGUGACUCUACGUGAAGGUAUGGCCUCACAAGUCUUGGUCUACCCACCACACAUUUAUCAAACCCAGACAAGUGCCUUUAGCAGUGUGAAGAAACUCAAAGUUGAGCCCAGCAGCUGUGUGUACCAUGACAGUGCACACCCGCGGACUUAUCUGAACAGCAGAACCCUUGGCAUCGUGCACCCAACAAAACAAACCCACCCAUUUGUGAACCAAGACUUUGCAGUGGGUGUGAAAGUGCGUAGAGGACGAGAGUACCCUGUGCAGACGGUGGUGGUGCGUGGCGUACAAAGACAACAGCCCAGUAAAAGAGGAGGAGGAGGAGGACCAGGCCCAGCUGCAGCCCAGCAACGGCUGGACGCAAGGGUUGUCCGCUUUCAGGGCAAGGAGCAGCAGCAGACAGACGUAGCAAGUGGGGGCAGCAGUGGAGCAACAGGGGCAGGAGGAGGGGGACGGGGAGAGGGCUGCAGUGGAGGAGGCAAGGGAGGUGGGGAGGAGGAGAGUGACGGAGAAGAGAACUGUGGAGCUUUGAACUCAGCUGACAGCUCUCAGCGAUGUGGGCUGAAACGUAAAAGUGAGGAGCUGGAUAAUCGAGGGAGCACCAUGCAGAUUGUGGAGGAACUGUCAAUGUUGCCUGCCAUGUUGCAAACGACCAAUGUGGGGAACACAGCCGUGACUGCGCCAGCGGCUGUGGGGGCUGGAGGGGGCCCCUCCAAACAGGGCGCAGGCCCUGGGGGUGUAGGUGCAGCAGGAGGCACAGGAGGAGGGGAUGGGGACUAUCAGGUAGUACAGCAUGAAGUCCUUUGUUCUAUAAAGAAUACUUAUGAGGUGCUGGAUUUUUUGGGACGUGGCACAUUUGGACAGGUUGUAAAGUGCUGGAAACGGGGAACAGGGGAGGUUGUGGCUGUGAAGAUCCUGAAAAACCAUCCUUCAUACGCACGGCAGGGUCAAAUCGAAGUCGGCAUCCUCGCUCGUCUGAGUGGGGAGAAUGCAGAUGAGCACAACCUGGUGCGAGCCUUUGAAUGCUUCCAGCACCGCAGUCACACCUGCCUGGUGUUUGAGAUGCUUGAGCAGAACUUGUAUGAUUUCCUGAAACAGAAUAAGUUCAGCCCCCUGUCCCUGAAAGUCAUCAGACCCGUGCUACAGCAGGUGGCGACAGCGCUGAAAAAGCUGAAGAGUAUGGGUCUAAUUCAUGCAGACCUCAAGCCAGAGAACAUAAUGCUGGUGGACCCAGUGAGGCAACCCUACAGGGUGAAGGUGAUCGAUUUUGGCUCUGCCAGUCACGUGUCCAAAGCGGUGUGCUCCACUUACCUCCAGUCUCGGUACUAUAGGGCUCCAGAGAUUAUUUUGGGAUUGCCGUUUUGUGAAGCCAUAGACAUGUGGUCCCUCGGCUGUGUGAUUGCAGAACUUUUUCUGGGCUGGCCCCUAUACCCUGGGGCUCUGGAGUAUGACCAGAUUCGCUACAUCUCUCAGACACAAGGUUCACCAGGAGAACAUUUACUGAAUGCGGGGACAAAGACGGCACGGUUCUUCUGCAGAGAGUCUGAUUCGCCUUACGCAGCAUGGAGAAUAAAGUCGACAGAGGAGCACGAGGCAGAGACGGGAAUGAAAUCAAAGGAAGCCAGGAAGUACAUCUUCAGCUGCUUGGAUGACGUAGCGCACGUGAACUUGGUAAUGAAUCUGGAAGGUAGUGACUUGCUAGCAGAGAAGGCAGACCGCAGGGAGUUUGUGGGCCUGUUGAAGAGGAUGCUGUUGAUUGAUGCGGAGGAGAGGAUUGCACCCGCCGAAGCACUCAGCCACCCCUUUGUGACAAUGCAACACCUUCUCGACUUCCCACACAGCAACCAUGUGAAGUCAUGUUUCCACAUCAUGGAUGUGUGCUGGACUCGUCCCAGUGCAUACGAGGCGGCCAACAGAAAUAAAGGCCCUUUUGUCAGACCUGUGACUUCAAAUGCUGCUGCCUCGGUCAACCAUCCUUUCAGCAAGAUGAGCGGAGUCCACGCUCAAGGUUUAGCCCCGUCAGCCCAGUCAGUGAUGCACCCGGGGAUAACACUGCAGACAGGAAGUGGUCAGUUUGGAUGCAAUGACUCAUUUCAACAAGCACUCAUUCUGUGUCCCCCAUCCAUUCAAGGAAUCCCCACCAACACAGCGAAACCAGCUGGCUACUCUGUUCGAAUGGAGACCUCUGUGCCUCUGGUCACUCAAGCACCGCCCAUCCAACCCAUACAAAUCAGACCUGGAGUCAUCACACAGGCCUGGUCCAACCGUGCUCAGCAGAUACUGGUGCCCACUUGGCAGCAGGUGACAUCAGUGCCACCACCACCAACUACGUUGGCGUCUGACACAGUGACGGGCUCGCAGAGAUUGGGUGACUGGGGGAAAGUACGUCCCCAUGGUAACCAUUACAGCUCCAUGAUUGCACACCCUCAGCCAUUCUUAACCAACCAAAUGACCAUGUCCACCCACCAGCCGAUCAACAUAGGCAUUGCACAUGUGGUGUGGCCGCAGCCAACUGCCAACAAGAGAGCCAAGCCUUGUGUGAACAGGGGCAGCAACUUCUCCCAAAACACAAACAUCCAAAAUUUAACAUGCCAGUCCCCAAAGAUGGCUGAUACAGCAAAGAAUGUGGAGGUAGAGGAGGAGAAAGCCAGAUGCCCAGAUGAAGGGCGUGCUGUUGGAGUGGAGCAAGGAACAGAGCACGUGGAUGAGGACGACGAGAACUGCUGUAAAGUUGAACCAGACUGUGAGGAGAUUUCAGUUUCGCAGGAGCAGCGGCAAGCCAUGGUGAUCUCUGAACUUGCCAGCCCGACUGUUAGUGUCAUCAGUAUCAGCAGUGAUGAGGAGGAGAGUGCACAAAGACACUCGAUGGGAGAAUGUAAGGGUAGUGCAGAUUGUGAGGCGUGUCAGAGCACUGUCAGUAUGGAGAGAGUCUGCUCCCUCAGCAGUCCAGACAGCACGCUCAGCACCAGCUCUUCUGCCUCAGCUCAGUCCAGCGCCUCACCUUGCAAACACCCCAACAGCAUGUCAGACGAUGAACAGGAGAGCGGUUGUGACACCGUGGACAGCUCGCCUGCCUCAAACGCCUCUGGACAUAGCAACAGUCCCUUCUCAGAGCGACGCUACAUUGCUGACAACAACCAGAAUUGUGAGCCCCGUGUUGCAUGCGUUGCCCCGGAGACUGAGCCUGGCAAGCCGACAGUCCGCACCGUUGUGGUGCCACCGAUGAGGGUGCAGAACAACAUCAACAACGUUGCUGUCAUCGAAAUGCCUGGCAACACAGUCUUGGAAUCGUCAUGCCAGUUCAGAGGGCGAGGCAUUCCUGGGCGACAACAUCACCACUCCACCCCCCUCCUCAACCGACCGCAGAAGAUCAACCCUGCAUUCCAGCCGCAGCAACAUCAGCCUUUAGGGUUUGGGCAGGUGCAACAUUUCAGUUCCUGCCAUCAGGAAUGGAAUGGCAAUUUUGCCCAUCGGAGGCCACAGGCUUACAUCCCUCCCACCAUGCAUGGGCACACAUUCACCCUGUCCCACAGCAGCCCAAACCACACUACGGGCCCCCAUCCUCACCUUGGGGGCCACCCGCACUCCCAGCCCACCUUACUGUCCUAUCCCCCGUCUGGUCCUCUGGUCACAGCUGCGCCCAUGGCCCACCUCCUGGCUUCGCCGGGGUCCUCUCGUCCCGUCCUUCAGCCCACCUACGGCAUCUCCCACCCGGCAGGCAUCGUGCAUCAGGUUACAGUGGGCAUCAACCCUCGGCUGCUAUCCUCCCCCACCUUGCACCCCCAGGGCCAAUUCAAGCCCCUCUUUCCCCCGCACUCCUACAUCGCCUCGCCUGCCUACGCCGGUUUCCCGCUCAGCCCCACCAAAAUAAACCAGUACCCUUACAUCUGAGCGUGUAUGCCCAGGUUCCCUUCAUAUCACCCGAGGGCUAAGUUACCAGGGGCGAAUCCUAUCUCAAACCACAGAAACCGCAUGGUUUUCAUUUUCCAAAAACCAUGGCACAACCACAGAGAAAAAAAAAAAAAAGAGCAAGCUAUUUUUUGAAUCAUGUAGACUUG